AUGGUUUGCAGGGAAUGCUAAACCCAGCGAAUAUAUUAAGCGGACAAUUCUUCAUUGUGACUCUUGGCCAAGAGAAGCUUACAGAUAAUCCAGCAAGAUAUAAACAAAAGUCAUGACUUUCCCAAUGCUGGUUCCUCUUACGGUCUCUGAGAGCUUGCUUGCAUUAGUGACCAUAUGUUUGGUCUACUGGUGGCUAAAAGUAAGGAGGUCCAAGAUCCCAGAUGGCUUAAAAAGACCACCAGGACCAAAAUCCCUCCCUAUAAUUGGUAACUUGUUAGACCUUGGCAGAAUGCCUCACUUGAGCCUCAAAACAAUGAGCCAGACCUAUGGCGACGUUUUUCAGAUUCAAAUUGGGAUGCGACCUGUUGUAGUUCUGAGCAAUUAUGACAUAGUACGGCAAGCGCUCCUUAAACAAGGAGAUGACUUCGCCGGACGUCCAGACUUAUAUUCUUUUCAGUUUAUUUCAAAUGGCAAAAGCAUCGCUUUCAGCCAUGAUCAUCACGGGGUGUGGAAACCACGACGCAAGCUGGCACAAAAUGCUCUGCGUACUUUUUCGUUCGUCCAAAGACAGGAUAGCAGGUACUCCUCCGUCCUUGAGCAAUAUAUUUGUGAAGAAGGCGAUUAUUUGGUAAAGAAAAUAGUAGAUAUCAUGAAGUCCAAAGGAAGUUUCGAUCCCUUCCGUUAUGUUGUGGUUUCAGUAACCAACAUUAUAUGCGCCAUGUGCUUUGGACAGCGCUACAGCCACGACGAUGAAGAGCUGCUCAGUUUUGUCAAUCUGUCUGAGCAGUUUGGCGAAAUAGCUGGCAACGGAAAUCCUGCCGACUUCAUUCCCUUUCUUCGUUUCCUCCCAAACCCAGCGAUGCGCAAAUUUGUUGCUAUCAAUGCACGUUUCAACAAAUUUGUUGAGAGAAUUGUGAAAGACCACUACCAUACAUUUGACAAGAAUAAUAUCCGCGACAUCACUGACUCAUUGAUAGAACACUGUCAAGACAAAAAAGUCGAUGAAAAUUCAAACAUUCAGAUUUCAGAUGACAAAAUCAUCUCCAUAGUAAAUGAUCUGUUUGGAGCUGGUUUUGACACAGUUACUUCAUCUUUGUCAUGGGCACUUUUGUACCUUUCACUCUAUCCUGAAAUCCAGAAGAAAAUUCAUGAGGAAAUAGAUAUGAAUGUGGACAAAGAGCAUGGACCUAGGCUCUCUGAUAAAUCCAAACUGCCAUAUGUUGAAGCAUUUAUCCUAGAAGUGCUGAGGCAUUCUUCUUUUGUGCCUUUCACCAUUCCACAUUGCACCACAAAAGAUACAUCUCUUAAUGGUAUAUACAUUCCUAAGAACACCUGCAUCUUUAUUAACCAAUGGCAAAUCAACCAUGAUCCGAAUCACUGGAAGGAUCCUUCUUCUUUUUCACCAGAACGCUUCCUUGAAGAUGAUGGUACCAGCAUUAACAGAGCCUUAGCGGAGAAAGUUAUGAUUUUUGGCAUGGGAAAGCGUCGUUGCAUUGGAGAACCAAUAGCACGUGCAGAAGUCUUUCUUUUCCUCACUGUACUCCUUCAACAUUUGGAGUUUUAUAGUUUACCCAGCAAACCAAUUGACCUCACUCCAAAAUACGGACUGAUCUUGAGGCAUCAUCGCUUCCAUCUUGGUGCAGCUUUGCGCACCUGAAGUGCCUUCAAAAUUACAGUAUGCUGUGAAAAUCAGCGCUUUUCAUAAUGUGCUUCAUGGCAAUAGAUACAAAUUUUGCACUUAAACAUAAAGCUGCCUUAUGUCCUCACAAAGCUCUUAAAAUUGUUAGAGAUCUGUAUAAAUGCCAGACAGACCUGGAUUAUUUUUGACUCGCAAAAUAAAAAUCCCCUCGUAUUCAAAUAAUAAUAUAAUUUCAUACUGAUCAUAUUUCAGUAGAGUUAGCUAUUAAAGAUCAUGGGGAUAUGUUACUGUGGGACAGUAAAAUCAUAGUCUGUGGUUACCAGUUGUGUUUAGAAAUUUGGCUCUGUCAGAGAUGAGAAUGUGUGAGGAGAAGCUAACUAUGAGGGGUUAAGAAUUGCUUCUCUUAUAUGAAGGUUUUAAAUCUCUUUAAAUAUAAAAUGCUGUGAUAUGUGAAGACUGUGUACUACCUUGACAGAGUUGACCAGAGAGAAAUUUUGCACUUUUAAGCUUCAUGAUAUAUUUGUCAAAGUAGUGGCUAAUGUUCAGUCUUUUUAAAGUCUUUGAGAAAGCAAAGGUAGAAAGGAGAUUGAAAAUUUGCUAUAAUUAAGAACAAAAAUAAUAUGAAAAAGUGAAAUUAUAAUCUAUAUGGAGUAGAAUAUAUUUUUCUAAUAUACUUGUUUUAUCUCUAUGUGAAUACUGUGAAUGUAAUUUCAUUUUGUUGCUAUUAUUUUCAUUUAAUUUUUGUACUGUAAAUAAAUAUGCCAAAAUUUGCAUUUUGAAUAAGCUAAAAUACUUAAUUUGUGCUUGCCUACAUAUUUGGUUAAGAUGUGUAGAGCUUAGCACAGUGGAACAGUAGGUAGUUCUGCUGUUUCACAAGUCUUAGGCCACCAUGUAUUUGUUUGCAGGGGUGUCUUUAGCAUGGGCUUUACAAGCACUCAUGACACCCUAUUCCUGUAACUCAGUCCAAAGGCUUGCACUUACAUUCGAUUGGCCUGUAGUAAGUGAGUUUGGAAUUGAAAUCCCAGACAGGAUCAGAGCUGUGUUUUUUUCAUUAAUUGGUCUCUGGAUAAGCUCAAGAUUCCCAUAGCAAUGAGAAAGUUGGAGAGAUGCAUUUUUAGUGCAGAUUGACUUCUAAGAAAUAAAGUAGGGGGCAAAUUGGUUAAAGCAACAGUAUAAGACUUGGUUCAGAUCACAGCCUGAUUGGUGCCUGCAUGGAGUCUUUCUGUUCUUUCAAUGUUUGUGUGAAUGUUUUUGCAUCCCACUGAUUUUUGUUAGGGUAGGGCAAUUGCUGCCCAGUGCUACUGGGAAAAAAAACUGAUACCCAGUAGCUGAAUUAAGCAGAUUCAGGCAAUUGAUAAAUUAAUGCUGGCUGUAUAAGAGCUUACCUGCGACCCUGAGACACAGUUCUGAUUAUGUCUGGGCAGCACAAUUCAGUUUACUAAAAUUGACACUGAUUUCUGGCCCUUUAAACAUUUAUCAGAGAAGAUUUCAAGUUUAUUCCUAAGGAAGGUUAAUUUUUUAUUGUUUUAAUUAGGAGCACCAGAUAUAAGCUGCUCACUUUAGCUUGCUAGUAUGAAUACCUGCAUAUAUUUACAUUUUGGAAAGGUAUCGCUAUGAAGAAUUACACUUGUUACGAAGGACUCUUACUCAUUGUUUUAUUCCAUGUGAUCAAGCUAAGAUGCAGUCGGCACUAGCUGAACAAAAUAUGCUGCAUUUGAUCAUAGUACACAAUAUGUUAUAAUUGUGUCUUCAUGUUAGAAGCUAGAUUUAUAUGUUUUUAUGUUUAUUAAAACUUAUACUUGUUAAA